UUAAUUACAAAUGCUAUACCUUAGCCACAUUGUAGGAAAAGCGUACGCAUGUUUUGGAUCUGCAUAGGUUUUGACUUCUUAGGCAUCUCACCACGCGAACGCAAGACGACGGUGCGAGCUGGGCUUCAGUGACGAGACCAUUCUGGCCCCGGCCCUGCCUGAACAUUUUAUGAAAUUCUAGAUGCACCUGCGAUGCGAGGCUGGGGGGGUUGGUGUUUCAAAACAAAAAAUGAUCACAAACACUCUUAUAAGUACUAGUUUUGAGGAGAAAAACCUGCUGAAACUAAUUUGUACUAACUCACGUUCCUCCCCCUAGCAAUAGACACUCGCAUUUUGGUAGUAGUUGUGCCUGCUCCCUGCUCCCACUCCCUGGGAGAGUUUCCCGCCUGGGUUUUUGAUCUUAUAUUAUGACUCAAUGUAUUUCAACCAUCGAAAGUCAACAAGGAACCACUAAGACAUCUCAGAAUCUCUUCUUCAGACAGGCAUACGUACAAUUAAAAUUGUUAAAAGAUUGUUUGAAAAUAUUACUUUGAGACUUGCAUAUUGCUUAGAAUUAGUAAAAGAAGAAUAUCAAGGUGAAUUACUGUAUUCAUGGUAUUGUAUUAAAAGAUCAUCUGUAUGUUAAAAAAUGGUGAUCAUAUUCUUCAGUACUUGUAUUUCAAAACGUAAAUUGAUAUCAAUUAUAAUUCAGUGAUAUGAUUUUUAUUAUAUUUUACAUCUACUAAAAUUGUUGUGAUCAUUUUCCAAGAGCCCUAAGGUAGAAAAAACCAGUAAUGAGAUUAGCUAUUAUUUUUUACAAAACAUUAGUCUGGUGUAGGAUUCAGCAUGUUAAAAAAAAAGACAUAACUAUGUUAAAACAUGAAAUAAUCUCCAAUCUGUCAUAACUGCUUAUUUGAAAGCAAAGAAUACAACAUAUGGGUCAUUUCUUUUUCUGGUCACCUCUAACAAGAUAAGAAUCUACAAAGCUGAUAGGAAGAUCAGUCCAUGACCAAAAUGCUUACUCAGUUACUACCGGAGAUCAAAGAAUGUUAUACUAAAUCUGGAAUCUACUAAGACAAAGCAAUUCUUUUCUUUGAAAAAAUAUAUAGAGUUGAGAAAAUUUCUGGGAUUUGUCUGUAAAAGUACCCUCUGGGCCUUACUAGUGACGUUUUAGGGAAAUGCGUCUCACGUUGGGAAGGUUGGGAGGCGGUGUUUUGUGGGCUCUGAGAGUGGUUAUGUAGUUCUCAGAAAACAGUACUGGAAAUUAGAUAAUUGCUGAUGUCAUAUUUUUCACAAUAAAAAAAUUUGGUGUCCUGGGGGGCUAUAAAAGCAGUCUCUUCUACCUUGCCCAUCACAAGCAGAAUCACCGAGACAGGUGAGUGUCUGAGCAAACUUGGUGCGACUGCUUUCUGUGGUGUGGGAUCUCUCUGCUAAGUUCGUUCCGUCACGCUGUCUCUGCCUCUUGUUCUCUGGGUACCAGGUUCUCCUUGCCCGCUCGCCCACUGUUCGAGUUGGAGUUGUCUGCAAUGGCUGCCCUGCAGAAGUCUGUGAUCUCGUUCCUGAUGGGGACUCUGGGAGCCAGCGGCCUCCUGCUCAUGGCCCUGAUGGCACACGGAGGAGCUGCGCUGCCCAUCAGCUCCCACUGCAGGCUGGACGAGUCCAACUUCACUUCCUAUAUCACCAACCUCACCUUCAUGCUGGCUAAGGAGGCCAAUUCGGCAGAUAACAACACAGAUGUUCGUCUUAUUGGGAAUGAGCUGUUCCAUGGAGUCAAUGAGAAAGACCACUGCUAUCUGCUGAAGCACGUGCUCAACUUUACCCUUGAAGAAGUGCUGUUCCCCGAGUCUGAUAGAUUCCAGCCCUACAUGCAGCAGGUGCUGUCCUUCCUGGCCAAGCUUAGCAACAAUCUCAGCCAAUGUCAUAUUGAAGGCGAUGACCAGCAUAUCCAGCGGAAUGUGCAGCAGCUGAAGGACACAGUGAAGCAGCUUGGAGAGAGUGGAGAGAUCAAAGCAAUUGGAGAACUGGAUCUGCUGUUUAUGGCCCUGAGAACUGCCUGCGUUUCACCGGAGCAAAGCUGGAAAAUGAGUUAACUCACCUUCGUGCCUGUUAAGAAUCUCAAUAAGGUUUCUGGAGAGAUUUUUUUUUUUUUUACUAAAAGGAAAACUGGAAACUCUUCGUAGGUAGAUUCCAAACAAACCUCUCCUUACUUCAUAAGGAAAUCGAUGCCACUUUUGUCCAUAAGACCAGAAGGUAGCUUUCCCAAGCAAAAAGUGAUUUAUCAAUGACAUUUUCUUGAAACAAGUGUUUCAUACACAUAAAAUAACUUAUUUUUAAGCAAUUAUCUAUUGCCACCAAAAAGAUUACUUCCCAUUCCUUUAGGAAAAAAAUCUCAAAUAACUUCAUGUGUCUAUAAUCAAUACUUUAUAUUUAUAAAUGUAUUUAUUAUUAUACAUAUGCAUUUUAUUUAUGUGAGUUUAUUUAUAGAAAUGAUGUUUCAUAUUACCACUUGAUUAAAAUUCUAAUAUUAAUAUUUUGACAAUAAUUAUGAAGCUAUUAUUUGAUCUUAAUAAACACGUGGACAUCCUAAGUAUUGUAUCUGGUGGUUUUUCUCCUUGAAUAUCAUCACCGUCAUGUGAUCACUCUCAUAAUUUUAUUCUUGACUCUAAGUAAAAUAAGGUAACUCUUGGUAUUAUCCCCAUUUUACAAAUAAAAGAAAAUGGAAGCAGGAAUAUAUUAUAACUCCAAGUAGCUGAGCUCAUUGAGCUCCGUCUAUGUGAUUCAAGACUUCCUGUUGUAUUGCCUGUAUUUGUGUUGAUUCUGCACAUAAGGAAAGAUAGGGCAUCAAAAGGAAUCCCUCAGUGUUAUUAGCAAUUUGUGGAUAAGAGAAAGAAGUGGGAUUGCUGGGGAGAAAUACAUGCAUCCUGUCUUGUUGGAGAGGACCUGUUGUAGUUCUGAUUCAAGGCUAUUAGGGAGGAUGUUCUCUGGUCUUCCUGUAAAUAAGGCAAUACAAUAACAAGGAAGCUGUCUGUGUCUACUACCAGUGAAGUUUCACACUGAUAGAGAAGUCCUGGAGGUGGAAGAUGAGCAGAGAGGGAGAGAGAGAAAGAGAGAGGAAGCGAGAGUGAAUCAUGUGUCUUUAACAUUUGUACAGUGGUACUGAGAAGAGAGAGCAGAGGUAGAGAAAAAGGUUGGACUAGCCCUACCCAGAAGGAUAGACAAAGGGUGCCAGUGUGGAGCCAUUUCUUGGGGGAAGGGCUUUUAGAGAUUCUACAGGUCAUUUGUAGAGUCAGUAAGAGUUAGAAGUCAAGGGUUAGUAGCCUGAAGAGUUUCCUUGGGUUUAUUCCACAGGUCACCCACCAGUUGCCUGCCUAGUUCCUGCAGGAUUUGGUCACGUCUGGUGUUGAGGGGUGAGCACUUAUGUAAACUGCACACUCACACGAGGAGUUUAUACUUUCAGGUUUGAGCUCCAAAUGCUGAGAAAUAUCAAUAUUAGACCUCAGGGAUGAUGAAAUUGUAGUUAUUUAUAGAGAAAAUAAGGUUUUGAGCUUUUUCCUCUCUUCUUCCAAGUGAGUCCCACUGGGACCAGAGCAAACCCAAGUGUCCUGGUCACUGAUGGAAAAAAAAGUGGAUAAGACUGAGAUGACUGAUCUUGACCACCAAGAGGAAAUCGCAUUGCUGCUACACUACGAGGGCUAAGUGGACAGUAACUGGACAAUGGGGAGUCUCUAGGAUGUCUUGUAAUAUCCCCUCGCUCAAGAGUCUCACCAAGGGAAAACUGCAUCAACCCCGAAGAGACAGGAUCAUUAGGUUCUUCUAAUUCACUUCUACAGGAAUGAAGGGUUAAGUCACUUUAUCAGAUGAAGGUCUUCGUCCCACUGAGAUGCAGACAGAGGGUAAAGGGAAAUGGAAUGAGUGAAGUCCAAAGUUAUUAAAUGUUGGUCUGUGCAGAAAGAACAGGUCUUCAAAGAAGGAGGUACCUUUCUCUGAAGGGAGGAGAGAACCUCCACUUUGACUAUGACCUUGUCUAAACAAGAUAAGAGUCAGAGAACUCAAAAGGCUUCCAUAGCCUUGGAAACUCAUGACUGGAGCAUA